GACUCGUCAAAGGAGCAGGAUGGGAACAACACAAGAAUCGGACAUUAAGCAGAAAAUGGACGUGGUGAAAGAUUCAGUCAAAGAUAUUGAUGAAGCAUUUGGAAUUAUGGAUGACAAAGUAAAUACUGAGAAGAGGACUGUCAGAAACAGGAGAGAGAGGGAGGAAGAGAAAAAAGGUGAUAUAAAGCAGGUUAAGAAAGAGGAGUUGCUGGAUGACUGGCUUGAAGAAAGGGAGCAAAAGACAACAGAGGAAAGAAUGCAAGAACUUAGAGAAAAACGUCUGAAGAGGUUGCAGGAGAAGACACAGGAGAUGGAGGAGAAGAGAGAAAAAGAAAGAGAGAUUGCAGAGAAACAGCUAGUAAGACAAAGAGAAGUAGAACAAAAAGCUGAAAUGAUCAGGCUGCUGUUGACUGACUCUCAAGGAGAAAGUGAGAAGAAAGAAAUGACCAAAGAAAAGAAGGUAGAAGUGAGGGAAUCAAGUCCAAAUGACAAGAAAGUUUCAGAAUCUGACUGGCAUAGUGAAAUAGAAGUUGAGAAAGUACCCCAAAGACAGAGACUGACUCAGAACUGCACCACAAAUGAGGUUAUUAAGACUGCCUGGGAUGUUGAAAUGGAGAAAAAGAAAGUGUUGCAAUCUGGCAUUGAGUGGGAGCUAAAUAGUUCUAGACUUUUUGGGAUAGAUAAAGACAAGGAAAAUCAGAAAGAAUUGAAUGAAAUGGUCAUUCAGCGAGAGAAGAUUAAGGAAUCAAGACAAAAUUAUAAAUUAAGAGUCUCAGAAUCUGACUGGCAUACUGAAAUAGAGAUGGACAAUGUGCCCCGAAGACAGAGGCCGACUCAGAACUGUGCCACAAAUGAGACUGCCUCGAAUGUCAAAAUGGAUAAAAAGAAAGAGUUGCAAAAUGACAUGAGGAGGGAUAUAAAACAUACUAAAGUUGAAUGGCAGAAUAGCUCUAGACUUCUGGAGAUAGAGAAAGAGAAGAAAGACCAGGAAAGGUGGGCUAGAGAUUGGAAGGAGGAGAUGGCAAAGCAGAAAGAAUUGAAUGAAAUGGUCAUUCAGCAAGAGCACGUGGAAGUGAAGGAAUUAAGCCCAAAUGACAAAUUGAGAGUCUCAGAAUCUAACUGGCAUAGUGAAAAAGAAAUGGGUAACGUGCCCCAAAGACAGAGACCAACUCAGAACUGUGCCACAAAUGUGGUUAUUAAGACUGCCUGUGAAGUUAAAAUGGAUAAAAAGAAAGAAUUGCAAACUGACAUUGAGAGAGAGCUAAAACAUACUGUAGUUGGAUGGCAGAACAGCUCCAGACUUCUGGAGAUAGAGAAAGAGAAGGACAGUCAGAAAAGGUGGGAUAGAGAUUGGGAGGAGGAGAUGGCAAAGCAAAAAGAAUUGAAUGAAAAAGAAGACAGGCAAAAACAACUCAAGAAACAGAGAGAGGAGCAAGAGAGGCAGGAGCAGAAAGAGCUAGAGAAACAGAGGGAAAUGGCCAGACAGAAAGAAAUUGAGAGGCAGAAAGAGCAAGAGAAAGAAAUGAGGAAAGAAAUAGAAAAACAGGUUGAAAUGGAGAAACAGAGAGAACUGGAACGAGAGAAGGAACUGCAGAGAAAGAGAGACAGAAAACAAAAGGAAGAAAUAGAAAAGCAGAGAGUCUUGGAGGAGUUCAACCAGGGGCAACGAAAGGAAGACAACAGAGUUAAGAUGGCAUGGAAGACACAAACCCAUAACAAUGAGAAACCCACCAAGAUUACUGAACAGCAGUUGGUGCAUCAAACGCUGAUUCAAAGCCAAGAGGUGGCAAGUGGUGACCCCUAUGUCUGUGAAUUGCUAGAUAUUGAACCAGACGGUGAGGGCAGUGGUAUCAUACCUUUCUCAGGUAGGCUUAUUCCAAAAUCAGAAAUAGAAGAAGCACGGAGGCAACAGGAGAUGGCAAGUUUGCAUCAGUGUUCAGAGUUCUACUGUAAGACUGACUGUGAUGAAAGUGUCUCAGAGAAGGCUAGGAGACUUGAGAUAGAAAAUUUAAAAAAAGGCAAUGUGGCCUUCAUGCCAUUGAAGACGGAGGAGGAAACCCAGGGAACUACUGAACAGGAAUUACCCCAGGACUUCUCUGAGGGUCCUGACCCAGAAAUGAGACAUGAGGAGGAAGAAACCCGGGGAACUACUGAACAGGAACUAUCCCAGGACUUCUCUGAGGGUCCUGACCCAGAAAUGAGACAUGGGGAGGAAAAAAUGGAUGAGGAGCAAAGUAAGGGGCAGCUUGAGAACACAUCACCCCAUCUGGAUGACACCAAUUCCUCGAAUGAGACAGAAUUGGUAGGUGAAGGUUCAAAGGCCGUCAAAGACAAGAGUGUGAGGAGGAGACUUUUCCACUGGGCAAAUGAAAAAGCAAAAAAGCACUUUGUUGGAAAAAUUGAGAAGACGAUUGUUAGGGAACAGGAAGAGGGAGAUCAACUGCACCACCCAUGGUAUAUGCCAUAUGCUGUCACCAGAGCAGAUAGGGAGAAGGAAAAAAGGAGGGCAUAUUUGAACUACGAGGAUGCACGGCAACAAAUGGAGACAAAAUGGCAUAAGUGGCAGGUCAAUAAGGCUGAGAGGAAGAAGCAGAAAAAGGCUGAACGGGAAAUAUUUGAAAGAGAAUUCAAGGAAUCGUUAGCCGCUUACUAUAACCAUCCAGGGAUGUAUUAUGGCUUCCCUGGUGCUUUUGUGAACAGAUCAGUUGGAUGACUUGGCUCCCAGAGGUGUUUGACUGAGAUACCAGUAAUUAGAUGCUUGUCCAUGUAGGGAAACAAGGCAUCAAUCCACAGCACCUCACUAUUAAAC